UCCUCUGGGCGUGGGGAGCCGGCGGCUCGCCGAGCCUCCCGCCUGCGCAGGCAGUCUGCCGGCCUGCCCGGGAGGAGGGCCCACCUAGGGAGGCGGCGAAGCGGUAGCAUCGGAGGAGCCGGCGGCGUCCGCGGCCCAGGGUAGCUACGGCGACUGGGCUCCUUCCCUGCUGCGCUUCUCGGCUGUCGCGCACCUCCCUGUCAGUGUUACCGCCCCCGGCCUGUGACCAAGAUGAGAGUAGUGGCUUUGAUCAGUGGUGGGAAGGAUAGCUGUUAUAAUAUGAUGCAGUGUGUUGCUGCUGGGCAUCAGAUUGUUGCUCUAGCCAAUUUAAGACCUGCUGAAAACACAGGGCAGACUGAUGAAUUGGACAGCUAUAUGUAUCAGACAGUAGGGCACCAUGCCAUUGACCUGUAUGCUGAUGCACUGGAUUUGCCACUCUAUCGUGGUUUCAUAAAGGGUACCAGUGUAAAUACUGGAAGAGUGUAUACGGCAUGCCAGGAGGAUGAGGUUGAAGACCUUUACCAUCUCAUGAAACUUGUUAAGGACAAAGAAGGAGUGGAGGGUGUAUCUGUGGGAGCCAUUCUUUCUGACUAUCAGAGAGUUCGAGUUGAAGAUGUGUGCAGAAGGCUUAAUCUUCAGCCUUUAGCUUACCUUUGGCGUUGGAACCAGGAAAUGUUGCUUAAAGAAAUUAUAUUAUCUAACAUUCAAGCCAUAAUCAUAAAAGUGGCAGCUUUUGGUUUGGAUCCAGAUAAGCAUCUAGGAAAAACUCUAGAUCAAAUGGAGCCUCUUCUUUUAGAGCUCUCUGAGAAAUAUGGAGUCCAUGUUUGUGGAGAAGGUGGAGAAUACGAAACAUUCACUCUGGACUGCCCUUUAUUUAAGAAGAAAAUAGUUGUAGAUUCAGCCAAGGUGAUCGUGCAUUCUGCUGAUGCAUUUGCACCUGUUGGCUACCUUCAUUUUUUAAAAUCACACCUGGAGAAUAAGCAGGAGGAAUCUUCAGGUACUUUUGUGGUCAGUAAUUGUUCUUGUGACAUAAGCUGCACUGAUGACGAUAUUUUCCCUUCAUCAGAAGACGAUGAACCACAGAAAACCAUUCCAGUCAUUGAAGCCUUGAAAACCUAAUUUUUGGAUUUCACUAAGACGUUUGCAAGUUCAGGAAAAUCCCUGAGUGGUUACCAGUGGUUUUCAGGUGUCCCUGCCUACUUCCUUCCAUCAAAAGACACGAAUGCUCAAGAUGCAGCACGGGAAGCAUUUUCUUCUCUCAGAGAUAACUAUAUGACUUCAGAGGGAUUGAAACUGAAGGAUAUUAUUUUGGUUCAUCUGUAUAUGAAGAGCAUGAAACAUUUCAGUGCUAUAAACUCAGUUUAUGAGACAGAAUUGAUUGUGUCCACCAGCAAGGACAGCUUUGACACUGUCUCUCACAACAUCCUCACCGACAAAGUCAAGAAGUGCAGACUGGAUGAGUGGACAGUGAGAGUAUGUGUUGAAAUCCCGUUACCUGAUGGAGUACUGUUUUGCAUUGACUGCCUUGCACAUAAGUACGACAUUGCAACAGAUGAUGUGUUACAUGAUGAAAAGCUGGUCAUGCAUGUACAGAGCAUUUCCCACUGGGCACCUGCUAGCAUAGGACCUUACAGUCAGUCCAUCAAGGUUGGAGAUGUUCUCUACUGUGCUGGACAGAUUGCUCUAGUACCUUGUACGAUGCAGCUUGUUAGUGGUGGCAUACGCACAGAGGCUGUAGUUUCCCUCCGUCACGUUGAGCGAGUUCUUCAAGCUAUGAGCCAGAAGACUGCGCUCCACCACGUCAUCACAGCCAGCUGCUAUGUAACUGACAGCAAGCACAUUCCUAUUGCUCACUCUCUAUGGCAGAAGAAAUUAAGAGAAUGUAAAAAGGAAGAAGAUUCAGAGACGUAUCAUGAUGAAACUGCAGUGUGUGGGUUGCUUGCUGUGGUGGUAAUAUCUCACCUGCCCAGAGAUGCUGCCAUUGAAUGGCAUGUUGUUGCAGUAGUCGAUGAUCCACUCCAAAGAAAGCAUUUUGCAAUGAAGAUGUUGUCAGAAGGCUUCCACAUUGAGUGUGAAUCUGUGGAGUCUAGUUCUGCAUCUUGUGCAUCAAUUUCUUUACGUCUGAGCUUGAUUUCACCAUCCACUUCUCCCCUUGAUUUAGAUGGACCUCUUCAUGACUUAGUUGCUAUGUUUAAACAAGCUGUUGAGAAACUUUCAGGAGACUGCAGUGCGAGUCCUUUGUCCCUUAGAGCUUUCUUCAAGGAGCAUGUCUUUGAUGUGGAAACACUACAAAAAGGACUGCAAGGAUACCUCGAAAAAUAUCUGGAAGAGAAGGCCCCAGCUCUGAUUUUAGUACCUGUGGUGGAUUUACCUGGCAAGGAAGUUAUUCAUAUGAUAUGCUGGCUAAGCUAGCAGUUCAAAAGAGAUGAGCUGAUGUCAAAACACACAUACAUUCCAUGCAGAAGAGAACAAAGAAAAGAGUCAAUACUAACUGUGUUGGAUACUUUCAUGAAGCAAUAUUGUUUGAUUUAAGCAAAGUCGUAUUUAGCUUGUUAAUGAUGCCUCAUUAUGUGUGACAGAGUCAGGUUUGUAUGAAGAAUAAAGGUUUCAUUUAAAAAUAA